ACGUGCCGUAUGCAAGUGGGCAGUUGGUACUUGGCUGUCAUAAAUUUAGAUUUUAGACUGGCACACUGCAAAGUACCUACAAGACGUGUGGACAAUGUGUACUGGUACUAUGGUGUACAACUUUACUGACUAAUAAGAAUUAUUAUAUUUUUAGAAUAGCCAAAACAAAAUAGUCAAAUUACCGAACCAUUUCAAUAGUACCCACAUAUUACAUAAGAAUAUCAGAUAAGACCUACUCGCUAAAUAUAACAUACAUGUUAUUAUGAUGUAAAUAAAUAAUAAUUAUGUUUCAUUCCAUUUUGGUUAAUCGUCUCAAUCGUCGAUCACGGCUCCCGAGUGGUAUUUUGUAUUUCUGUAUUCAACGGAUUAUCAUUAUUUUACUUGUUAUUUUAUAUUAUGAACAAUAAACGUACUAAGGUACAAUGUUUAGCCUGUGGUAGUUCAUUUGGCCAUGAAUACCGCCGAAAACAUGAACUUAACAUUCAUGGCGGUAGUCAAGUAAAAGUGAAAGACGUUAGUCUUGGUGUAGCCAACAAUCCCUUUGCUGCUGCCCGAUUGAACUUCGAACGCAAAGUAUCUAAAGGUGACUCAGAUAAUGUUUCAUUAAAUAAAAAAUGUAUAAAUAACGCAAAUUCUUAUAAUGAAACUGUUGUAAGUGAAGUAUCUAAAGGUGACUUAGAUAAUGUCUCAUUAAAUACAACAACAUGUGUAAAUAAUGCAAAUUCUUAUAAUGAAACUGUUGUAAGUGAAGUAUCUAAAGGUGACUCAGAUAAUGUCCCAAUUAAUUCAAACUGUGUGAACAAAAUCUCAAUUGAUAUAUCAACUUCUAAGAAUGAUAGUCCGGUGCAACCAGUACUCAAUGUCUUCCCAUCAACUAAUGGUAGGAGGUUUUCUGCUAUGUGGUAUACAUAUAAUUGGAUUGAGUAUUCUAUCGCUGAGGAUUUAAUUUAUUGUUUUGCUUGUCGUCAUUUCUCAUCGCUUAUGAACAACCCAGGAACCAUUAUAGGGAAAAUACCAUUUGUUAAUUACGGUUUAAAAUGCUGGAAAGAACCAAAACAAACUUUAAAUAGCCAUUGUAGAAAUAAGAAGCAUUUAUUAAGUAUGACUCGUUGGGUCGAUUAUCGUAAUAUUCAAAAAAAUGUACAACAAUCAAUUGCUUGUAAUCUGAAUAAAGCCAGACAACAGGAUAUUUAUGAGAAUCGAUUGCAUGUUCAUUUUUUGUUAAAAUCUGCACUAUUUCUAGCUAAACAAGGGUUAGCUUUUCGCGGUCACAAUGAGAUGACUAGUUCAAACAACAAAGGUAAUUACUUAGAAUUAUUAGAAACGUUUGCUGAUGAUAAACUUCUAGUUCGCCUACGUUCAAGAUAUGGACAUUAUACAAGUCCCAGUUACCAGAAUGAUUUAAUAAAAGUACUGGCUGAAUGCACUAAACAAAAUAUUUUGAACAAAAUGUCAUUACUGGGAGCUUUUGCUAUUCUUGUUGAUGAAACAAAAGAUGCUUCCAAAAAAGAACAAUUAAGUUUUGUGUUACGGUUUGUUGAUAAAGAUUUUGAUGUUUAUGAGCACGCACUAGGAUGUUUUCAUAUGACAAAAUCAACUGCCCAAAGUUUAUCAGAUGAAAUAUUAAAAAUUUGCAUACAUUAA